AUGUCUUCUUCUUCCAACACAAACUACAAAUGGUUAUGGUGUGACGACCACGCCAAAGUCACCAACUGGUUUUUGAGUCUGACAGAUCGUCACGAAUACGCUCUGUUCUACGCCUCAUUCAUCAACACCGCCAACCGACACUGGGAAAUCUCCAUCGACACGACAGCCACUGCAAAGAAGCUGGAGCCACUUGGCCAGCUCAUCGUCGAAUGCCUUGACGAAGACCCAAUUCCCACUGAUUGGCUCAUCGAGGCAUUGAGCGGCUACCACAAGUUUAUCGGUGGCACCAAAGGAAAUCUGAAGGGUACGGGCGUGAUCAGAUUUGACAAUACUCCACCAGACAUGGCUUCCAUCCAGAGGGGCGAAACAAAGCUCUACAAUCUCAUCGCUCGCUACUACAAGCAACCUAAGAUCAAAGACGAGGGGAUUCAGGAUGAGGAAAUGGAAGACGCCGAGAUGGAGGUUGAGCAGGAAAAGCAGCACACCAAGUUCGAGAUCGCUAUCGUCGGAGGCAGAAAGAAGAUCGAGGACGAGGAUGAGGAUAUGGCUUGA